AUGGUUAUCACACCAACCACAACCAUAACAUCUACCCCUGAGUCUUCCCGCAUAGACGAAAUAUCACACGUUAAAGCAGAGGAAAUAUUGCGAUUAUUCCGCACUCUGCAUCUUAAGUUCUACCCCUUGAUUUACCUACCUGAUACGACAUCGGCCCGGGAAUUGCAACAUGAACGGCCGUUUUUGUGGCUUGUCAUACGGGCUGUAUGCGCCCAGUCGGCAGUGGAGCAAGAUGCACUUGGAGAUCAGGUUCGAGAGAUACUGGCCAAGCAGCUUAUUGUCGACUGUGAGCGGAGCAUCGAUAUGCUCUUAGGGAUGCUCACAUAUAUGGGAUGGUCGAUGUAUUUUGCGCGAGGCAAGCCGUAUAUAUGCGCCUUCACGAAUUUGAUUUUGGCCACCGCAUCAGACCUCCGUCUGAACAGGAUUGUUCCUCAGGAAACAACGUCGAACUCAUCGCUCAACUGCUUCAAGCCUUAUGCAUUCCCCAAACCGCCUACCUACGCAAGCGACUCCCCGAAAGCACGCACGAAUGAAGACCGGCGGGCGGUGUUGGGGUGUUUUCUAACUGUUGUAACCAUGUCGUCAUACAUGAAGCUCGAUGUUGCUCGGUCGAAGGUCACCAUUGAUGAUUGUCUCGAGCAAUUAUGGGAGACUCCAGAGAUUCCCAACGAUAGGGUGCUUGUAGCAAUAACACGCAUAAUGGGCGUGGCAGAUGAGGCGGUGCGGAUGGCCAGCAGACCAGAGGACACCGACGACUCGAUUUCUCCGAUCUUCCAUAUAAAAGGAUUGGAGGAAUCUUUGAAGCAAGUCAAACGUGACCUUCCGCCAGAUUUACUCGAUAAUCAAACCGUUACGGCUCAACUACGCAGCACCGAAGUUGCCAUCUACGAGUUGGCCUUGUCCCCGCAGACGUCAUCAUCUGCCUAUAAGAUACAGGAUUACAGGCGGCGGGAGUACUUGCAAAUGUGCCUAGAGUCAGCCAAGGCUUUUAUGGAUGUAUUCCUGCAGAUUGAGCCAGCCGAGUACUGUGGCAUCCCGCUCUGGUUGAUGAUCCAGUUCGCUCACUGCGCUCAAGCUAUCUACCGGCUUUCGCUCCUGGAUGAUCCUGGCUGGGAUAGGAGCGCAGUGCGGCAGUUUGUUGAUGUGCUAGAGAUUCUGGAACGUGCCGCCGUCAGGAUGACAGCCGCCCACGAGGCAUGUGGAUACAGUAUCAAUGGCUCUGACAAAGGCGUGUUCACGAGGUCGGCAGCGGCCUUGAGAGCCACAAUCCCCCAAUGGAGCGCUGCUCUGGAGCAGGUUGGGGCUAUAGCAGCGAGGCCUACCGCCCGUACUAAUCCAGACCUGCCGGUCGAUCCCAUGCUGAUCGACUUCACGGAUGACACCUGGUUGACCGACGUGUUUUCAUCGUGGGACGAAACCAGAUGA